AUGACUCCUCCCUCCAAUGUUACAAGAAAACCAUCCUGUUUUUUCAAGAUAAUUCUUCAAAAUACUAUCCGUGAAGGAAAACUUAGGAUUCCCUCAAAAUUUCUGAAAUAUUAUGGCAAUUGUUUAUCAAGUCCAAUAAUCCUUAAAGAUCCCACAGGAACCUCAUGGAAAGUGGAGUUGCUGAAGAAUAUGAAUGAGGUUUGGCUAGAAAAGGGUUGGCCAGAAUUUUCUGAGAAUCACACUCUGAAACAUGGGCACUUGGUACUUUUUCAAUACCAGAGAGAUAGCCAUUUCUAUGUGUUCAUAUUUGAUGAGAGCGCUGUAGAGAUUGAGUAUUCAAGCAGUGGACUCCAUUCAAGGACGCCAAAUUUUAAUGGAGAAUCUCCACAGCCCAAUAAGCAAGAAGCCGAUGAUCAAGAUGACAUUUCUUGUGGCAACCAAUCCAAAGGAAAGAGAAAGCAGUUCAAGGAUGAGAAGGGCAUUACUAGGCAGGCAAGAAGGCCUAAAUGUUCAAAAACUUGUGGAGCUCAUGAAGCUGCUGACAGCGACUUCAUCUCAAGCUAUCCAUACUUCAAGGUUGUUUUAAGGCAGCAUCACAAUGUGUAUGAUGGCUUCCUCCUCAUCAAUCUUCGAUCGAUGGUGAAGGAAGGAAGGAGCCCUUUAAUUCUUGAAGACCUCAAGUUUCGUCAUGUUAAUAUUAAUAAUAAGAAAGUGACAAAAUUUAAAGUUUUAUUAGCAGUUACAGAAAUUUCUUCUGUCCAGUUGCAAAAUUAUUGA